CGUACAGACAACACAGUUCGCUUCGCUUUCGUUUUGCUUCGUUUCGUUCAUUUCCGCUUUCGUUUCCUUUUGGUUUCGAACGACGUCGAUCAAACGAUCUGCUGCUUUUUUUGGGGUGUGAAUUUGUUUUGUGUUCGCGCUCCUCGUAUGUUUUCGUCAGCGCAACGCCGUGUCAGUCGUUCGUGUGGUCUCGUUGCGUGCACAUCGCAGGAUCAGAAGUGUAUACGAAAGGAGCACAGUUAAGAAAAAAAGAAACGCACAAGGAUUAAGUGACAACAUUCAGAGUAAGAAUGAUCAGUGUUUGAUCGAGUGAGAAAGUUAAUGGACCAAGAACCAGCAAUAUAUGGAAUAUCAAGCAAGGAUUAAGUGAAUAAAAAAACAUUCAACAGUGACUUGAAAGUGAGAAACAUAAGCAACUUUUAUCGCUAAGGACACACUGAAAUAUGCCCACAUCAAUCAUGCAGAAGAACUACAGCCAUUGCCCGCUCAAGAAGCGGCCUGUCUUCAUCCGUGAGGAAGAGGAAGAAGAAAUUAAAAAUGACUCAGACACCGAUUUGGAGCCCGAGAACCUCAGCACAAAGCCAGAGGAUCUCUCGAUGAAGAAACGGAAGGCUCGUUCAGAGUCCCCGGUAGCAGUGGUGAUCAAAGCAGAAGACACGCUGCCCACUCCACCACCUUCAUCAUCUCCUGACCCAACCGAAGCAAAGUCCCCAAUCUCAGUCCCAACCCCGAUCUACGGAUCACACCCAUCGAUCUACUACCCAGUUGCACGAUCACCAACCUCACCCGCAGAACCCCUGCACGGUUUCUACAAAUCUGCCCCAAAUGUGUACUCCGGUUAUCCCCAUUUCCCAUACGCCAUGCCAUACCCAUCGGACAUCUACAACCUGUACCAUCAUCACAUCUCGCCUCCUCGAUCGGAGCCUCUGUCACCUUACGGUCCGCGUGAUAGUUCCGUAUCACCACCACAUCCGGGACAUUACAGCCGUCAGGAAUCGAUCUCGCCUCCCACCAUGGUUCCGGCUUAUCCCGCAACCGAGCUCCGAUUGAACCAGAACAACAACAUCAUCAAGUCGGAGUCCUUCAUCGGCCAGCACCGCUACAUGCCCUACAGUCUGAGCCAUCAUCAUCAUCCGCUCAUGAUGGCCCACGCCGAGCACCCAUCACUCUCGCCAACCUCCAGCCACACCUCGUUCAACUCCUACCUCUCCUCAAACCGCUCACUAUCACCUGCCCGGUCCAGUCCUUCGGCCGCUUCGGAAGAGAACAACAACUCCAGCUCGGCCCCGUCUUCCAUUCUAACCGAAAAAUUCUCCUCCAACCUUAACAUCCAAAAGCUGAAAGGCGAAAAGUCCGGCGAAAAACCGAACGGUUCCAGCUCGGGUGCCCCUCGCUAUCAGUGCCAAGACUGCAGCAAGUCCUACUCGACUUUCUCGGGGCUCUCCAAACACCAACAGUUCCACUGCCCGAAGGCCGAGGGCAACCAAGCCCAGAAGAUCUUCGUGUGCAAGGAGUGCGACAAACCGUACAAAACGCUCGGUGCCCUCAAGAUGCACAUCCGCACCCACACGCUGCCCUGCAAGUGCAACCUCUGUGAUAAGGCCUUCUCGCGACCCUGGCUGCUGCAGGGACACAUCCGCACCCACACCGGCGAGAAGCCCUUCAAGUGCAAGAUCUGUCUGCGCGCCUUUGCCGACCGAUCGAACCUGCGAGCCCACCAGCAAACCCACGAGGACGUCAAGCGCUUCAAGUGUCCCUCGUGCACGAAGUCCUUCUCGCGGUUGCCUCUGCUCACCAAACACAACGAAACGGGCUGCCCCGGAAUCCAGCUGGGAUCCCAUCCCGACUCCGACUCGUCGCCAUCCCACUCGCAUGAGGAUAAGCUCAUCCCAACGGUGGUGCCCCACGGCAAUAUCACCGUCUACUAGAUCACAUCAAAACACACGCACACCAACAUACAAAAAUCGAAAACGAAAGUGCCUUUUCGUCAAUCAUCGCAUCAAUCACAUCACAAACACACAUAGUUCAUCGGAAAAGACUGAAACUCAUUGCCACCGCGAUCGUUUUUAAUAAUUAAAACCUUAGACAAAGUGUCGAGUGAUUUUCAAAAGUGCGAAAACAGUGAGAGAAUGAGAGCGAGAAAGAGAAGAUUUGUGAAUAGUUUAUUUAUUGGUCGACAUACAAGUUCCAUAUAUACAUAUAUAUUCAAUGUUUUGUUUGGGUUUCCAAAAAAAAAAUUACCAAAAACUAGUUUCGUGUGUGCUUCGAUCCCUUUUUUUUCGAUCCAAAAAAAGGCUAGAGAAAAAAGCAGAAAAAAUCGCGAACGUCACGAACGAUAAAAAUUGUUUUCUAGUUGUCGUAAGUUAUUUAUUUAUCGUCGAGAGCGCCCAAACCCCCAUUUUCCAGUUACUACUGGUCGGUUUCCCGACUUCAUCUCGGGAAACCAAUCGAAUCACUUUGAAAAAAAGUUUCUAAGCUAGUCAGUUAGUUUAAUUUUUUUUAAUCGUAUUAUCUGUCAUCGUCACACACACACACACUCUUUCCUAGAUUUAGUAUUUUAACGUUCGUGUAAGUCACUGAUCAGAACUAUUUCAAAAAGGAUCUCAGUUGUAUGAAAUUCCUGUGAGUGGAUCGAGAACAAAUGAGUGAAAAACGUGCCUUUAGAAAAACCAGAGUUAAAACGGAGAGGAAAUCGCCGAAAACUGAUGCAUUUCAAAUAGCCAUUCGUAUUUUUGCGCAGCAAGCGACACAUGACAAAUUAGUUGUUUUAAGCGGCUAGGCUCUCUACUUUUUACUGUACAGAUUUAGGAGCAAGCAAACAGACAAUUGUAUAUUCCGUGUAUUUUUUUAUAUCCUAGCCCAAUAAGAAGAAUCUUAAUAUAUUUUGUUUUCAUUGUUUAGUGUUUAAGAAUUUUAUACUGUAAGAAAUUUCUAUAGAGGAAAACAACCAGAAGAAAAAGAAGAAGAAAAAAUGCAGCAAGCAAAACAAAAAAAGACAUAAUAAAACAACAUUAAUUUACGAAAAAUUAAA